AUGUCUUCAGCCCAAGGCGAGUUCAACGACCUGGUGAAAAACAACCGCGUCCACACCUCCACCCACCCCGAAGACCGUGACGCCUCUCCCUCCUCCCCCGACUUCUCCGACGACGACCGCUCCACACGUCGCGUGCGACAAGGCCGGCCUGCCCUCGACUCGUCCGACGACGAUCAGGACAACAAUAUGGUCUCCUCGCGCACCGCCAGCUACCGGAUCCCUAAUACCGUGUACGACGCCAACACGGGGCCCAAGGGAGUCAUCGCCGACGCCCAGGCCUUUGAGCGUGCCCGCAAGAAGUCCUUCCGCAGGACCCUGCUCAGCGCUGCCGGCUUCGACUCCGCCGGGCCGGCCCUGUCGUCCGGGAAAUCCACCAGGGACGACACCUCGCUGCACCCGCCCGAGGCGGGGUCAUCUAGCAGCGAUGACGACGAGGAACGCUUCUUGCGCAAGUGGCGCACCUCGCGCAUGCAGGAGCUUCAGAACCGCUCCCUGCGCCGCCUCAGCCCCCGCGGCCGUGUCUAUGGCUCCGUUGAGAACGUCGAUGCAGCAGGCUACCUCGACGCCAUCGAGAAGGUCACUUCGGAUACCGUGGUCGUGGUGUGCAUCUAUAACCCGGAGUCCGACGACAGCGCCGUGAUCGAAGAGUGCCUCGUCACCAUUGCCCGUCGCCAACCCACCACCCGCUUUGUCAAGCUGCACCACGAGAUCGCCGAGAUGGACCACAUCCAGGCCCCCGCCCUGCUGGCCUACCGCGGCGGCGACGUCUUUGCCACCAUUGUCAAUAUCCUGCACAACAUCCCCAAGGGCCGGAGUUGCAGCGCUGACAGUUUGGAAGAUCUACUGAAAAUGAACCGCGUGCUAUGA